AUGGCGAUGGAGCCGCUGCCACCGACGUCGGCGCGGGGGAUUGGCCAGCAGCAACAGCAACGGCGGCUGCAGCAGUUCCUGGACCGAGGGCGGGUACCGCCGCGAGAGCGUCAUCCGGAGCGAGCCACGAACGAUGUGACCGACAUCCUCGGCGCUCGGCCGCUGCUCAAGAACCACGUCUACGUCAACAAGCUGCACUUCUACGAUGCGCACGAUAUCAAGGGCUCGACGAGCAUGGAGCUGCACCCCAAGAACUGGCGGGCGGGAAGCGACAACCGCUUCAAGCAGCUCCCGAUCGAGGGGACAACGUCGCAGCCCGCGGGGUUCCGCACGGAUCGCGUUGUGAAUCCGCUGGAGCCAAACUACAAGCUCCCAUCCUUUGUCAAAGCGCCUCCGCUCGAGCCCAAGUUCCUGCGAGACAGCUACAACGUGUCCGACAUCGAAGGCACUUCGAUCAAGAUUCGAGACAUUCAACACCCUCGAGACGGCUUGAAAGUGGAUGACAUUGCAGGCACGCAGUGCGGCUGGCUACCUCGGCACAAGCGCGGCCUACGUGAGAACCCUCCGCGGGAUAUCCUGAACGUCCAGGAUAUUACCAACGUGGACUUCAGGUCCAGCCGUGUCACGAACGUGCUGAAUCCCGUGUACACAGUCAACGGCAUGACAUUCGCGGACGAUCCGUUGUCUCGUCCAUUAGUGCAGCACCCCAAGCGAGACAAGCCCAACUACGCUCUCAAGACGGACGAUAUCGAAGGCGCGAGCUGUGCAGACCCAGCUACAGCGAUUGUCGCGGGCAUCGUCAUGGCACAUCGACGCAACUUUCGUGAUACCAACGUCACGAAAGACAUCACCGGCGCCAAGGCGGAUACGCUGCUGCACAGCAUCCGCUCCACGCGACGUGUUGACCCCAACGCCCCACUAUAUUCAGCUCUGGAUGGCUCACGCGUGGAUGCGAGCGCGAUAUCUGUAGGCAAAUCGAUUGUCUUCGCCGAUCUGGUGCAUCAGCACGAGCUACUUGAGGCUGCCCACAAGCGAGACGAUGGCGUGAUGAAGCCGUACACUGUAAGCGGUGUGAGCAACGUUGGUCUGUUGGACUCCGCUAACCGAGACCGAGAAAAGAAACCUCCAGGAGCUAAGCGAGUCUCGAUAUACGGUGACAACGAUCCACCACCAAGAACUGCACCAGUGAACGCAGCAAUUACUGGAGGCAGGAGGUCGAAGCCGUCCAAACCGUCGAAGCCAACAUUGGUAUCGGGCGGAGCGAAAGACGGAAGGAGUCACGGCGAGCGCAAGCAAGCAGCAGCACGGCGAGAGGAGAUUAAGCUGGUGCGCGAGCUAAGCUAG